AUGUUUCAUGAGUUUCUAUAAGAGUUGGGUACAUUGAAAAAUGCAGAACUUCCAUUCCCUUUCCGUAACUAAUUCAAAAUUAAGGAGAAUUUCAUUAAUCCUAAUAGCAAACAUUUCGACUCUAUAGCCUAAAAGUUAAGAAAAUCAUUUAUAUUGUUUUAGAUUAUUAUCUGAAGAGAAAGCAGGAAUUAAACGUAAAUGGGACAAAUAAUGUAAGAUGAUGUUUAUUUGGAUAUUGGGUAAAUUCUUUUAACUGAAAAACAAAAAGACCAUAAACCCAAACCAAGAGGAAUGGAUCUAAUUAGGAUCAAUCCUAAAAAUUGAUGAAACUACACUAAAAUAAAGAUGGAUUACUUUAAUUAAUCCAGUAUCCAAGAGUAUUAAUUGGGAUCCAGAAGAAGAUGAAAUCAUAAAGUCACUAAUGCAGUGAGUUUAUUUAUAUCAAUAAAUUAGUGAAUAAGAUGAAAAGCACAUUUGGACACAUAUUGCACUUGAAUUAUAUAAUCAAAAUAAUGGAUAAUUCAUUAGAACACCCAAAUAAGUUAGAGAAAGAUGGAUUAAUUAUUUAAAUCCAAAACUUAAAAAGUAACCUCACUUAUUAAACACAAUAGAACUAAUUGGAGUCAGUAGGAAGAUCUUCAAUUAUUAAAUACAGUUGUUAAAAAUGGUAAGAGAUGGUCACUUAUAUCUACAUUACUUGAAGGUAGGACUGAGAACUAAGUCAAAAAUAGGUAUUAUUAAUACUACCAUCUUAUAGAUUCAAAAGUUUAAUUUAAAAAAUACAUAAAGAUGAAGAAGAUGAUGAUAUUGAAGAAUUACAGGCUAUCAAAGAAUAUUUGAAUAAAUAAAACAUUGAAGAAGAGUAAGAACCAUAAAAAGAAGAACCUUAAAUUAGAACACAUUAUUCAAGAUAAGCUAAAUUAAAAUUCAAUCUAAGAGACAAGACCAAAGACAAAAUUCAAGAAGCUCCUCCAAUUGUACCUUAAGAAAUCUAAACUAAAAGAAGAAAGAUAAGUUCUUAAAUUAAGGAUUUCUUAAAUAUUGGUCUUGAUUCUGUUGUUUAAUAAUCAUAAAAGGUUUAAUAAAUUCAAAAGACAAAAUUAAAGGAAAAUAAAUAAUAAUAAUAAUAAUAAUAAUAAUAAUAAUAAUAAUAAUAAUAAUAAUAAUUAAUAAUAAGAUAAUAAUAAGAAUAAAUAAUCAAUAAACAAAAUGAUGAAUAAUUAUUAGAAUAAUCAUCUUUUUAACUAGAUCAAUAAUAAAAAAUACUUUCCUAAUAAUAUUAAAUACCCUAAUUAUAAUUAAAUGAAAAUAAUAAGAGAGAUUUAUCAACACCAAACACUUUAUCUUAUUAUUUUCAACCAUAACUAUAAUAAAUGGAAGAUUUAAAGCAUGAUCAAUUCAGAUUAAAAUAAAUUCAAAUGUCUCCUAUUCAAUAACAAUAAAAUUAAGUACACUAUCAAGGAUUUCGUCCAUUUUAAGAAGAAAUCCCUUAAUAAAUAUAAUAGACUCCUGUUUAAAUGUUAAUGGGAUAAUAUUUUAAGAAUUACCCUUCCAAUUAUAACCUAAUUUCCCCUUUCCCAUAAAUCAAUUAAACUCCUAUGGUAUACACACCUGCAUAGCCCAUGUAUAUGUACAACAAUAAUAAUAAUGCAUAUAUGGGCAUGUCACCUUUGCUCAUUCGCAGUCCAUAUCAAGAGAUGUCCCCUAGUAUUCAACCUUAAUAGGUACCACUAUAGUAAAAUAUGUGGUAAACUCCACAAUAAGCUCCUAUUGAUUAAAUGUAAAGUGAAUAAUAAAAGCAAUAAUAGUUUGUAAACAAUUAUAUGUUAAUUUAGAAUACAAAUUUGGAAUUUUUAAAAUCAAAUAAUCUACUUAAUACAUGGAUUAAAAAAAGAACUAAUGAAAAGUAAAAUUAACCAUUUUAUGACUCAUAAUAAUCACUUGAUUAAUGA